AUGGCAAAUACUUUGAGUGUCCUGUUCGUGUGUGUCCAUGAUGAUGGCCGCUCCCAAAUGGCUGCCGGCUAUCUUAAUUAUUUCUCGAGCGGCUUCAUCGAAGGUCGCUCCGCUGGAUCAGCACCUGCCCUAAUGCUCAACCGUGUCGUUGUGGAAGCUAUGCUCGAAGAAGGUAUCGACCUACUGGACCGAAAGCCUAAAAUUCUCACGGAAGAUGCCGUUAAGGCCAGCGAUGUUGUCAUCACAAUGGGCUGUGGUGACGCCUGUCCCUUUGUCCCUGGCAAGCGCUAUCUCUAUUGGCAGAUUGAUGACCCUGCUGGACGAGCUCUCGAUGCCGUGCGUCCUAUCCGCAAUGAAAUCCGUUGGCGCGUUGAGAAUCUUGUCAUUGCCGAACUUCAAGCUUCUGGCCGACAACAGUCGCAUGGAAGGUAA